GGCAAUGGGAAGUUAGAGCGCGACGGGACGAGGACAAAACAAGAUGGCGUUUUACGGAGGAGACGUUAUUGUGUUUAUGAUAGAAUGUGUUCUUAAUCAGUGCGUACGUACACACGUAUAUAUUUUGUUUCAUAUAGUAAACGUUGUCGAUCUUUGUUUGGGUCCGAAAACAUUAGUCGAAGCGCACUUUGCGGCUUCUUGUGCUAGCUUAGCUUGUUAGCUGCUAACAAAGAGAGGCGGAAGUGAUCAACACACAUCGCUAAGAAGAGAUCAAGUGUGAGUGUAAAGCUGAGAAAAUGUGCGAAAGAACGAUAGCAGAGUACGAGGAGGAACUUUGUCCAACAAAAGAGGAGAAGGAGCGACAACGUCAACUACUGGACGCUGUUUUCAAGAAACAUCAAGUUGUGUUACACAGAACAGACGUCCAGCAGCCCCCCCAUAUUAAAGAGGAAGAGGAGGAAGUGUGGAUCACUCAGGAGGAAGAGUGUCUUCUAGGGCAGGAGGAGGCUGAUCUCCCCAAGUUUCCACUGACUGUUGUCUCUGUGAAGACUGAAGAGCAUGAAGACAAACCACCUGAGUCCUCACAGCUUCAUCACAGUCCAAACGUCUCUGAAGAACGACUUCUCCCUGAGCAACAGGAGUGGAGAUUCCGGAUGGAGCAGGCGAAGCCACAGCCCUCCCACAUUAAAAAAGAAGAUGAGGUGCCACAGACAACUCACAUUAAAGAGGAAGAAGAUGCACCAGAGACCCCUUACAUUAAAAAGGAAGAUGAGGACCCAGUGUCCCCCAGUUUUAAAGAGGAAGUUCCACAUUACCCUCACAUUAAAGAGGAGGAGGAGGAACACAGCAUCCGUCAGGAGGGAGAGCAUCUUGAAUGGUUGGAGGAGUUCCCAGUGAUUGGUGUCCCUGUGAAGAGUGAAGGUGAUGAGGUCAAAGGUGAGAGUGAGGAGAAGAGAGAGGCGGAGCCUCCAAGCAGCAGCUCAACUCAACACAUGACAACAGAAGCUGAUGGAGACCACUGUGGAGGAUCACAAGCAGACAAGCUCUUAGCUCCACUAUCAGAUAGUGAGGACACAACGUCACACUCUCCUGACACUGAUGAUGAAGACUCUAAAGAUGAUAAAACAUGUCACACUGACAACACACACUUCACAUGUUCUCACUGCGACAAAACUUUUAAAUACCAUUGUUAUCUGAAAGAACACGUGAGAACGCACACCGGGGAAAAACCUUUUUCCUGUUCAAAAUGUGGUAAAAGUUUUCAACGAAACGACGUGUUGAAAGAACACAUGAGAACACACACUGGGGAAAAACCUUUUUCGUGCUCGGUGUGUGGUAAAGACUUCAUUCAAAGUCAACAUUUGAAAGUUCACAUGAGAACGCACAGUGGUGUGAAACCUUUUUCAUGUUCAAUUUGUGCCAAAGGUUUUGUCGCAAGUCAAAAUUUGAAAGUACACAUGAGAAUACACACUGGAGAAAAACCCUUUUCUUGUUCAGUCUGUGGUAAAUGUUUUGCAGCAAAUCAAAAUUUGAAAUUACACAAGAGAACGCACACUGUAGAAGAACAUUUCAACUGUUCAAUCUGUGGUAAAAGUUUUAGACGAAGUCAGAGUUUGGAAAGACACACAAGAAUACACACUGGUGAAAACUAUUUUAGCUGUUCAUUCUGUGGUAAAAGUUUUGUACAAAGUCAUGAAUUGAAAGUACACAUGAGAAUCCACACUGGAGAAAAACCUUUUAACUGCUCAGUCUGUGGCAAAAGUUUUUUAACCAGUCAAAAUUUGAAAGUACACAUGAGAAUACACACUGGGGAAAAGCCUUUCACCUGUUCAAGCUGCGGUAAAAGUUUUGUACAAAAUCACAAUUUGAAAGUACACAUGAGAACACACACUGGUGAAAAACCGUUCUCCUGUUCAAUCUGCAACAAAAACUUUUGUAGCCAAAGAAACAUUGGAGUACACAUGAGAAUACACACAGGCGAUAAAAUGUUGAGUUGCAUUGUUUGUGGUGAAAGAUUCUCUUAUAGGUACCAGUUGAAAAAACACAAGUGUGCUGGUGAGAACUCAAAACACAUCGCUAAGCAGAGAUCAAGUGUGAGUGUAAAGUGUUGUGGUUGUGUGAAAAUGUGCGAAAGAACGACAGCAGAGUACGAGGAGGAACUUUGUACAACAAAAGAGGAGAAGGAGCGACAACAUCAACUACUGGACGCUGUUUUCAAGAAACAUCAAGUUGUGUUACACAGAACAGACGUCCAGCAGCCCCCCCACAUUAAGGAGGAAGAGGAGGAAGUGUGGAUCACUCAGGAGGAAGAGUGUCUUCUAGGGCAGGAGGAGGCUGAUCUCACCAAGUUUCCACUGACUGUUGUCUCUGUGAAGACUGAAGAGCAUGAAGACAAACCACCUGAGUCCUCACAGCUUCAUCACAGUCCAACUGCAGACGUCUCUGAAGAACGACUUCUCCCUGAGCAACAGGAGUGGAGCUUCAGGAUGGAGCAGACGGUUAUUAAAAAAGAAGAUGAGGUGCCACAGACCCCUCACAUUAAAGAGGAAGAAGAUGCACCAAAGACCCCUCACAUUAUAAAGGAAGAGGAGGACCUACUGAUACCCUACAUUAAAAAGGAAGAUGAGGACCCAGUGUCCCCCAGUUUUAAAGAGGAAGUUCCACAUUACCCUCACAUUAAAGAGGAGGAGGAGGAACACAGCAUCAGUCAGGAGGGAGAUCAUCUUGAAUGGUUGGAGGAGUUCCCAGUGAUUGGUGUCCCUGUGAAGAGUGAAGAUGAUGAGGUCAAAGGUGAAAGUGAGGAGAAGAGAGAGGCGGAGCCUCCAAGCAGCAGCUCAACUCAACACAUGACAACAGAAGCUGAUGGAGACCACUGUGGAGGAUCACAAGCAGACAAGCUCUUAGCUCCACUAUCAGAUAGUGAGGACACAACGUCACACUCUCCUGACACUGAUGAUGAAGACUCUAAAGAUGAUAAGACAUGUCACACUGACAACACACACUUCACAUGUUCUCACUGCGACAAAACUUUUAAAUACCGUGGUAAUCUGAAAGUACACAUGAGAACACACACCGGGGAAAAACCUUUUUCCUGUUCAAAAUGCGGCAAAAGUUUUCAACGAAACGACGUGUUGAAAGAACACAUGAGAACACACACCGGGGAAAAACCUUUUUCGUGCUCGGUGUGUGGUAAAGACUUCAUUCAAAGUCAACAUUUGAAAGUCCACAUGAGAACGCACAGUGGUGUGAAACCUUUUUCAUGUUCAAUUUGUGCCAAACGGUUUGUCGAAAGUCAAAAUUUGAAAGUACACAUGAGAAUACACACUGGUGAAAAACCCUUUUCUUGUUCAGUCUGUGGUAAAUGUUUUGCAGCAAAUCAAAAUUUGAAAUUACAUGAGAGAUCGCACACUGUAGAAGAACAUUUCAACUGUUCAAUCUGUGGUAAAAGUUUUAGACGAAGUCAGUGUUUGAAAAGACACACAAGAAUACACACUGGUGAAAACAAUUUUAGCUGUACAGUCUGUGGUAAAGGUUUUGUACAAAGUCAUGAAUUGAAAGUACACAUGAGAAUGCACACUGGAGAAAAACCUUUUAACUGCUCAGUCUGCGGUAAAAGUUUUGUAACAAGUCAAAAUUUGAAAGUGCACAUGAGAAUACACACUGGGGAAAAACCUUUCACCUGUUCAAGCUGCGGUAAAAGUUUUGUACAAAAUCAAAAUUUGAAAGUACACAUGAAAACACACACUGGUGAAAAACCGUUCUCCUGUUCAAUCUGCAACAAACACUUUUGUCACCAAAGAAACUUUGGAGUACACAUGAGAAUACACACAGGUGAUAAAAUGUUGAGUUGCAUUGUUUGUGGCGAAAGAUUCUCUUAUAGGUACCAGUUGAAAAAACACAAGUGUGCUGGUGAGAACAGCAGCAGCAAAUGAAGAUGCAGGAUUUCAAUUAUACUGUCAAAAUUUUAACUUUGACUUUCUAACAACAUCGGCACAUAUAACAUGUGUGACAUCAUUGUUGUGUGUGUAACACAAUCUUGUUAUCAUACUUAUAGAUUAGAUUUUUUAGAAUAGUGGGGGGUUUUUUCAGUCAAGUACGUGCAUUAAUUUACAACAUUGUGUACUUUUAUUUAAAAAUAAACAGAACAAUUUGAAUUAAAACAGAGUAAACAGUAUAAAACAUGUUACAUAUAAUAAACAUUCAAUGUGUAUAUAUUUAUAAUUCACGUUUAUACUUAAUCAUAGCAAUGUUUGUAUUGAUAAUGAAAUGUUAUACAUUUUCAUUUCUAAUUGUAAAUGAUUCCAUUGAUGAAGACCUUUUAUAUGAUAUAUUUAACAUACAUGUAUUAACAUGUUUAACAUGUGUUCAUACCUUUUGCUUUUGAGUACACAUACAUCCCUCUUAGAUAAUAUUUACUGGUUCACAUCUACAAAACCAGUGAAGUUUGCACGUUGUGUAAUUCGUAAAUAAAAACAGAGUACAGCAAAGCCGCCGGCGUUUCUGGGUGUUGUUGAUAAAUGGCUUUCGCUUUGCAUAGUAGAGCUUUAACUUGCACUUACAGAUGUAGCGACAAACUGUAGUUACUGACAGUAGUUUUCUAAAGUUUUCCUGAGCCCAUGUGGUGAUAUCCUUUACACACUGAUGUCGCUUUUUGAUGCAGUACCGCCUGAAGGAUAGAAGGUCUGUAAUAUCAUCGGUUACGUGCAGUGAUUUCUCCAGGUUCUCUGAACCUUUUGACGAUAUUACGGAGCGUAGAUGGUGAAAUCCCUAAAUUCCUUGCAAUAGCUCGUUGAGAAAUGUUGU